AUGUGUCAACGCCUUACAUAGUCUAUUUUUAAACAGGUUUUUAUUAGAUGAUUAUAAGACGUCAAUUUUAUUUUGUUUAUCAAUGCAUUUGAGGCUUGUCGUGUGCGUGUAUGUUUAUUCGUGUGUUAUAUAGUGCAAAUUUGUUUUAUUUGAUUUUUGAUUAAUACUUCUAACAUGAGUAAAGACAAUAGUUGUAUUAAAUUAAGAAAAAUCGAUUCGUUUUUUGGUCCAAGUUCACAUAAAGGAGAGACCGAAAUGGCAAGUAAAAAAAUUAAAAUCGAAAAUACAGAAAAUGAAGAAUGGGAAGUUCUUAAGUGAUAUAACACAUAUAGUCAGUGAUCCACCAACACAACCAAUAUUAAAAAAUUACCCACAGCCUAAGUUUGGGAAAGAAUGGAGACAAUUCCGUCCUGAAUGGUUCAAAUCAUAUCCUUGGCUUGAAUACAGUGUAUUAGAUAAUGCUUGUUAUUGUUUUCCUUGUAGAUUUUUUUCUCAUAACUCUGAUAAUUCACCAUUUUAUAAAAUUGGAUUCAAAAAUUGGAAAAAAGCUCUUGAUAAAAAUUCAGGAAUUAAAGGCCAUAAUAAAUCUUGCAUACAUAAAACUUGCAUGACGAAGUGGGAAGGGUAUAAAAACUCCAAAAAAACAAAAUCAAUUUUAACAACAUUAAAUGAGGCUAAUUUAUCUUUAAUUAAAGAAAAUCGAUAUUACAUUUCAGUUAUUUCAGAAAUAUUAUUGUUCACAGGAAAUUUUUUAGAACUUCUAGAACUUUGUGCUAGGAGAGACGCAAGAUUUAAAGCUAAAAUAGAUAUAUUACCAAAAAAUGUGAAAUAUACUCAUCAUACUAUUCAAAAUGAUUUAUUUUAUGUAAUGAGUAAAUUAGUUUUAGAAACUAUUGUGAAAAAAGUUAAAGAAGCCAAAUAUUUUGCUAUUCUUGCAGAUGAGACAAAAGACGUGAGCAAAACUGAGCAGUUAUCUAUUAUGGUUCGUUAUUAUCAUAAUAACACAAUGAAUGAACGAUUUUUAGGGUAUGUUCCUUGUAAUGAAUUAAAUGCGAAGGCUCUUUUUGAUUACAUAAAUAAAACACUGUCAGACUGUGGAAUAAAUAUUAAAAACUGUAUAGCUCAAACUUAUGACGGUGCAAAUGUAAUGAGUGGUAAACAAAACGGGGUUAGGUCAAUUUUUCAACAGCAUGUUCCUCAAGCACUUUACACACAUUGUUUUAAUCAUAGAUUAAAUUUAGUAAUUGUUGAUGUAUGUAAAAAUAUACCUGAAAUAGAAAAAUUUAUUACUCUACUUCAACAAUUGUACAACUUUAUUAGUAGGUCAACUGUUCAUACUAAAUUCAUAGAACUUCAAAAUAAAUUAUUACCGAAAAAAAAAAUUAUGGAACUAAAAAGGAUUUGUGAAACUCGAUGGAUAUGUCAAAUUUCUGCUUGUAUCGCUGUAAAAAAAACAUUUCCUGUGAUAUUACUUUUAUUACAUCAAAUAAGCCUAGAAUCCAAGAGUGAAAAAGAAAUGGAAGCUAAAUCACUAUUAUUUCACAUUAAUUUUGAAUUUAUAUUUUGUCUCUACUUAUUUUGUGACACAUUUAGUGAGAUAAAAAUUGUGUUAGAUUAUUUACAAAAACCAGAUUCAGAUUUGGGUUCUAGCUGUCUACUAGUAGAAUCAUUAAUUAAUUACCUUAUGGAAUUUAGAAACACCUCAAACAAGUUUGAAGAUCUUUUGACAGAAGUGGAAUUAUGUGCACAAAAAAAUAAUAUUCAACUUCCUAAUGAAACAGUUAAAGAAACAAGGAUUCGCAAACUUCCUAAACAAUUUUCAUCAUAUAUAACUGAAGUAACAACUUCUGAAAGUAGAAAAAUUAGUAAUAAUAACGAUAUAAAAACAAUGAUAUUUUUUCCAGUCCUUGAUAGAAUGGUUAGUGAACUCAAUAGAAGAUUUUCAGAUCAUAGUGAAAUUUUAACAGGUAUCAGCGCCCUUAUCCCAAAAUGUGACACAUUUUUAAAUUUUACAAAUAUCAAACCGUUAGCUGAACACUAUAAAUUAGACAUAGAAAGCUUAGAAUCAGAACUAACACUAAUUACAAAACUGAUUAAGCGACAUGAAGCUGAAAACGGUAUUCAGAUAAAAACAAUUCUUGAUUUUAUGCAGUUACUUGAAAAAUAUAAAUUAGCGUUUUCUGAAAUGUAUAUACUCUGUAUUAUUUCUAUUAUCAUUCGACCAUCUAGUGCUGGAGUUGAAAGAACUUUCUCCAGUUUAAGACAAAUUAAAAAUUACAUGAGAAAUAAAAUGACUAAUAAAAGGCUUUCAAAUAUAGCAAUUUUAUCUAUAGAAAAAAAAAUUGCUAAGAAUUUAGAUUUGGAAGUUGUUGUGGAUAAAUUUGCAGCUAUUCACAAAAACCGAAGAAUAUUAUUAACUUGA